AUGCAGAUUUUCGAACUCAACACCGUCACGUACGGACUUUCGCCAUCAUCAUUCUUAGCUACGCGCACCUUGCUUCAGCUCGCAGAUGAUGAAGGUGCACACUAUUCGAAUGCACAAGCUGCCCUGAAACGAAACUUUUACGUAGAUGAUUUCAUUGGUGGUGCCAACACGAUAGAAGAUACUUUCCGUCUUCGUCAGGAGCUAUCGGAUCUACUUGCGAAAGGUGGAUUCGAGUUACGCAAGUGGACAUCGAAUCAUCUAGGCGUUCUCAGCGGUUUAAGUGCUGAUCAAAUCGGCACCCAGUCAUCGUUGCAGUUCAUUCCCAAUGAAACGGUGAAAACACUCGGCAUCUCCUGGAAACCAGAAUCUGAUGAGCUGUGCUUUGAUUCGAACGUUUGUGUUGAAUCAACAUCCUCAACGAAGCGAUCCAUACUGUCAUGCAUCGCGAAGAUGUAUGACCCGCUUGGACUGAUUGCACCUGUAUUGGUCCGUGCAAAGCUACUGAUGCAAGAAUUAUGGCUGCUGAAAUCCGGCUGGGAUGAUCCCGUUCCCGAGCAGAUCUACAACAAAUGGACAACGAUUAGUGAUGAAUGGCAAUCUUUAUCUACGUAUAAAACUAAUCGUCAUGUUCUUUUACCUAAUUCACAAGUAGAACUCCACACGUUCACCGACGCCUCCGAAGCAGCUUACGGAGCCUGUAUCUACGCGCGUUGCAAGAACGCGGAAGGAGAAAUACGGAUCAGCUUACUGGCGUCGAAGUCCCGAGUAGCACCUCUUAAACGCGUCACACUGCCGAGACUCGAACUCAACGCAGCUGUUUUGGGCGCCCAUCUCCAGCACCGGGUCCAGAAGGCGAUGCAGAUCGAUAGCGUCGAGUCCUUCUUCUGGUCUGAUUCAACUGUAACGCUGAAAUGGAUAGCAUCUCCACCCAAUACAUGGAAGACAUUCGUGGCGAACCGUGUCGCUGAAGUGCAGCGCUAUUCUCAUCCGCGACAAUGGCGACACGUUCCUGGUUCCAGCAACCCUGCCGAUUUGGUCUCUCGCGGCAUGUCGGCAGCGAAUUUCCUUAAGAGUCGACAGUGGCACUCCGGUCCGGAUUGGCUAGCUCUUCCUGCAUCGUCAUGGCCCAGCUCGAAUCCUGAUUCCAUCGACGGAGUGGAUCUAGAAAUCCGUCAGGUUGGUGCGUAUAAUUGGGUAUUGCGUACGUUUUGCGCGUAA